CACACCCACCCACCCACCCACACACAGAGAGAGGAAGAAGAAGAAGAAGCGCGGCUCACGGCUACGCGUUGCAGGCGUGAAUAUCGCUGGUUUGAUUCAUUUCUGAAGAUCGGUGUCACCCGAUCAAAUCGCUUCCGCCGUUGAACGAUUCAAGGCUAGGGUUUCGCCUUUCAUUGAUAUUGUUGCCAGUUAGGUUUGGUUUCGAGGGCUCAAAGCCCCUUCUGCGGCUUACCUGGAACGCGCGAGUCUCCGGUUCUCGUCUUAGCUAUGGAGUCUACUAUAGUGAUCAAGGUUAAAUAUGGAGAAAUGCUUAGGCGCUUUAAUGGACAUGUUAAUGAAGCAGGACAGCUGAAUCUCAGCAUGGAGGGGUUAAGAGAGAAGGUUCUUGGUCUCUUCAAUUUUGCUCCAGAUUCUGAUUUUACACUCAGUUACAUCGAUGAAGAUGGUGAUGUAGUGACUCUUGUUGAUGAGGAGGAUCUUUGUGAUGUGAUGAGGCAGUCCCUGAAUCCCCUAAGGAUUACCGUGAAGUUGAAUGCUGAAAAGGGAGGUAGGUUUUAUGCUAGGUCGAGCGGAAGUUCUACUCCUAUGAGAUCACCUGGAGUUCAGCAUCCAUCACCAAACUUGAACAACAGUGUUUCUCAAAUCCUGAAAUCUGUUCCGGAGCCUUUCCGUGAAACAAUAUCCAAGCUUAAGGUUGAUUUGGCAUCCAAAGCUGCAUCCUCUGCCCCAGGGCUUACUGAGUUGGUUGAAUAUCUUUCAAAGUUUGGACACUCCUUUGUAAAUCCGAAUUCUGAGUUCCAUGUUGCUACAGAAUCUAGCACUGAGGGAGCUGGGAUGGGUGCAUCAAUGACUAAAGAACCAGAGGGUUCAAGAGAUGAUCGGGCCACAAAUGCCAAAUUUGAAGGUACGACCUUCAAAACCAAUGAGGUCAAUAGCAAUGGAGUUGAUAAUACUCUUGUUAAACCUGCCUCUGGCCCUUUCAAUCUGAAUGCCCUACCUGGUGAUGCUGUUAGUGACAGCAAAGAGGUUGUUAAGGAAUUUGGUGAAUUUCAAUCUCAUGGGAAAGUGGGUAAACCUGUCUGGGAGAAUAUCAAGGCAGUUGUAUCGAGUGUCCUUGAUGGUGACAACAAUAAAGAAUACAAGAAGCCAGGUAAAGGACGGAAUUCCUUUGGUCCAGGUGCUUCCCGAGGUACUGCUGAUACCAUGAGACAUUGCACCAAGGAUUUGAAGUCUAAUAAUUUGGAUGACAGAGCAAGCACAAAAUUUCGUAGUCUGAACCUUGUUAAUGAAUGUCCCUUUGCAGGGGUGCCGUUGGCAAGUGAUCCAGUUGUGCCUUGCGCUCAUCAUGGUCCUCGUGUGCAUCCAUUUAAAAGGAGCUACGAUCACAGUGAGGGUCUGGGCAGCAUAUUCCACAGAGGUGUUCGUUGUAAUGGUUGUCGGGUACAUCCAAUUACUGGGCCUCGGUUCAAGUCAAAAGUGAAAGAGAACUACGAUCUUUGCAGCAUCUGCUUUGCAGAAAUGGGAAAUGUGGCAGAUUACAUCUGCAUAGAACGUCCGGUUUCUCGACAUCCCUUUCCUCCUUUCAAGGGAGCGUAUGAUCCACAUCCCGGCUUUCGUCCUCCAACAGUACAACCUGUCUUGAGAGGUUGUAUGAUGAAACCAUUCCGACCAAAGUUAGAUAGUCGCUUUAUUUUGGAUGUUAAUGUCCUCGAUGGUACUGUGAUGGCCUCAUCAACCCCAUUUAGGAAGAUUUGGCGGAUGCGGAACAAUGGAAAUAUCUCAUGGCCCCAAGGAACACAGCUUGUGUGGAUUGGGGGAGACAAAUUAAGUGCCAUCCUUUCCGUUGAGUUACAGAUUUAUGGGGAUGGUUUGCCUGUUGAAAAUGAGCUUGAUGUUGCGGUUGAUUUUAUCGCUCCUGCACUUCCUGGAAGAUAUGUAUCUUACUGGAAGAUGGCCUCACCAACUGGCCAAAAAUUUGGGCAACGUGUUUGGGUUCUUAUUCAGGUCGAAGCUUCGCCAAUUGAUUCACUGCCUAACCGCUUUCAAGGUUUGAACUUGAAUUUGCCUCCUAUUGGCAGCAGUGCACCUGUCCCUGGAAUCAUAAAUGGCAAUUUUGAAUCCAUGAUGGUGAAUGGUAGGAUUCCAGUCCCUGGGAGCAUAAAUGUGAAUUUUGAACCCAUGGGGGGAGAUGGUAGGCGAGUUCCCGGUCCUGAGCCGCCAUUAGUUGAAGAACACCCAACUAAAGACCAGGAGCUGGGUUUCCCCAUCAAUGAUACAGUACUAGUUGGUGAUGGCUUUUCUAACAUUGUUCCUCCAGAGGCUCCUCCAUCUGGUUCUUACACUCUCACUGAUUGGUCUGAAGCUCCAGCUUCUACUUCCCGUGUAUCAACAUUUCCCGAUGUUCUAGCAUCAUCAGCCCAGGGAGCCAGUGGAGACAAAGAUGUUGAGCAGACCCUACUCAAGGAACUGGAGGAUAUGGGCUUUAAACAAGUUGAUCUGAACAAAGAAAUCUUGAGGAUGAACGAGUAUGACUUGGAGCAGUCGGUUGAUGAACUGUGUGGUGUUGCUGAGUGGGAUCCCAUCCUCGUGGAGCUGAAGGAGAUGGGUUUCCAUGACAAAGAGAUGAACAAGAAGCUGCUGAAGAAGAAUAAUGGGAGUAUCAAGCGUGUAGUCCUGGAUCUCAUCAAUGGGGAGAAGGCAUGAGUAGUCUUAAGUUACUUGAUGAUUUGCAGCCAAUAAUAAAUGGAAGAGUAGCAAGAAUCAGGUUUAGGGUUUGUUUCUUCUCCUAUCCUCUCGUGUGUCAACAGGUGCCAAACUGUUCCAACGGGGGUGUGUGUGUUUGUGUGUGGAUUCUCUGCGUAGUUUGUAUGUUGGCGAGGUUUUUAUUUUCUUUCACUUGAAACUCAUCCUUGUACGCUUGGUUUGGCUAUGUAACUCAGCACUCUGUUUGGUAA